AUGUACUCGCCGUCCCGAAUCCCCGAUCAGUUCCUGCGCUUAACGACACGAAACAACAGCGUCAGUGUUGUCAACCAAUCCAUCGCCAUGCCCGAAUCUAGGGUUCCUAGAACAAGCCUCCUGUCGCUACCCACGGAACUCCUACGGAAGAUAUGCAGCUACUUUUGUGGUCAUUGCCUUCGCAAAGGAGACCCCUGGCCAUGGCACACUAGACAGGACCAUCUCGCCGAUCCCGAGCCGCUACCAGAUCUGGGCUUUCGCAGCGGCUUCUUGGUGCUCCUCAGCUUAACUCGAGUUAACAAGGCCCUCUACGCCGUAGCAAGAGAGUAUUUGUCUCACUGCCCGUCCCUACAGAAGAAGUCAAUGCUUUGGCACCUUGUCGACACACCGGUAGGGCCGAUAGAUCCGCGAACCCGGGAGGUCGACGUCACGUAUCCCAGAGGUCGCUACGGGAGAUGCCCCUGGAACCACCAACACCCGGCCUUGCUUAAAGAUAUACAGGACGGAUGUGCGUUUAUCUUUAUGGCGAUCCUUCGCGCCAUCUUCAAGUUAUCCGGCCAGUCCAGGUUCCCAAUGUCAGUAAAGAGGCUAGCAUUCAGCGUCUGUGAAGGAGGUUAUAACGCCUCGCUCGACUUAGCCUUUCCCAUCAUGGCGGCGGCGCCUAACCUCGAAGGCAUUCACUUCUACGAUUGCGGUUCCGUUGAAAGCAAACCUCCGCACCUCGAAAAUCUGACCGAGAUAAGCUUUGUUAAUUCCUCUCUAUCCUGCGAUUCACUACGUCUGUUUAUGGCCGCGGUUGGGCCAAGACUUCGCAAGUUCAGAAUCCGACGAACAGGGCACUGGGAAAAUGGAGGAGAUCACUAUCGGGGGUAUAGUGAGGCGGUUAACAUCAAAUUCGAUGAGCUUCUCCAGGAACUAAUGCCCUGGAAGGACACACUCAAACGCCUGAGCUACACGACGCCACAGAGAGAGCCAUGGUUCCCCCACUCUUACCGCCGCCCAGGAAUCCUCCGGGACAUGAUCGCGUUGGAAAGUUUAUGCGCCGAGGCAUCCUUCUUCGCCGGCAACAAAUGGCUCACGCCUAGAGAAGGUUCAGAUCUGCUUACCUCAACCCUCCCUUCUUCAAUUUGCGAGCUUAAGCUUCGUGGGUACAACUACUUACUCGGGUCUGCCUUGUGGGGGUUAUCCAGUGCCGUUAAGGCUGGACAGUACGAAAGUUUGCGCACCAUCGAGAUCAACGUCUAUGACGCCAACGACUUUGACUUCAUCGAUGAGGAUAGCUCCGAUGCCGGUAACUCCGAUGACGAUAGCUCCGAUGGCGUUAGUUCCGAUGACGAAGACGAAGGUUCGAGGGGUGGAACCUUGGAAAAUGAAGCUUCAGAAGAUGAAGUUUUGGAAGACGAGCUCUCGGAAGAGGGGUUUUGGGAAGAUGAGGAGGCGGAGGGCAUUCACCCCCCUAUAUCGGAACUGGAGGCCAUCCGAGCCUCAUUUCAGGUUGUGGGAGUGGACCUCAUUAUUCACGCCUGUCUCCCGGACACUUUGCCCUCCACCAAGAAGGCAGACCCGCCUCCUUUGUAA